UCCUCUUGCUUAUCCAUCGACUAGUCCGCCCUAAUGAUUUCUAUAUCUUUUUCAAGAGAUAUUUUAAGAGCAAAUGAAGAGAAUUAGACUGCUUGAUUGAAGCUGGAGAGAGAGGCAGUACAGCAAAAUCAGAACCAAAACCAAUAUGGGUUCGGUGGCUAAGAAGGGACUGCAACUCUAUCUUUUACAGCUUCAGCAUCAUCCCUUGAGAACUAAGGCAAUUACAGCAGGGUUCCUGUCAGCUGUUAGUGAUAUUAUUGCACAGAAAAUCUCGGGCAUACAGAAACUUCAACUUAGACGGCUUCUCCUCAAAGUGCUUUUCGGGUCCGCAUAUCUCGGACCAUUUGGGCAUUUUCUACACAUAAUAUUGGAUAAAAUAUUCAAAGGGAAGAAGGACACAAAAACAGUUGCCAAGAAGGUGGUGGUGGAGCAGUUGACGUCAUCUCCUUGGAACAAUAUGCUUUUCAUGAUAUACUAUGGCGUGAUUGUUGAAAGAAGGCCCUGGAUGCACGUGAAAGCUAGAAUAAAAAAGGAAUACCCAAAAGUGCAAUUGACAUCAUGGACGUUCUGGCCGGUAGUGGGUUGGAUAAAUCACCAGUAUGUACCGCUGCAGCUCCGUGUCAUUUUCCACAUGGUGGUCGCAUGUUUCUGGGGAAUAUUUCUGAAUUUGCGAGCGAGGUCUAUGGCAUUGGCCAAAGGUUGAGCUGAGUGUCUCAAAUGAUAAAAGCCCCCUAUUCCAUGAACGUUGUGUUACAACUGGCUCAAGCCUUAAAGGAUGUACGCGUUGAGAAACCAUGAACUUGUGAUAGUGUGUGAUUUAAUGAUUCAUGAGAGAUUGUAUAUGCUACACUAGAGAUGGGACUGUCAAAUAGAUUUAUUGAAAGAUGAUUCUUUUUCUGCAAAGCUGUAUCAUGCCCGGAUGUUGAAAAACACAAUCCAUGUCCGAGGCAGGGGACGCGUGAAUCGUUAGUUCUUUGUAUAUGUUGCAGCUACACCAUCCAGACCAAAAAUCCCGGAGAGACUUGGAAUAUAAAAGGCGUCUUGAUUUUA